UGAAUUCAGUCCCGAAACGAACGACAAGCGAGCAAUAUGGCAGAGAUACAGCAGGUGAACAUACAGUGCGAGUGCCCCCACCAUCAUGGACCGCUCUUUCUGCUCAAGCCCUGGGCUUGGGGUCGUCCGUGUCGUCGCUGCCAGCGCAUGAUGGAGCGCAACGUGGUCGUCGUGCCCACCCAGGGUGCAGCUGCCGUCUCAGUGACUCCCGCCAUCACGAACCGAUCCCCAGUUGUGGUCUCCACAACAACGACACAGACGGUGCCAGUGCAACAGGUGCAGCAGGUGCAACAGGUGCAACGGGUGGUCACCACACAGCAAACAUUGCCGCCCGCCUAUAAUGAAACAUUGGUCAUUAGCUGAGUCAACGGAGCGAAGGAAUAUUGGGAUAUUGAAUUAU